AUGGUGUCACAGCGAACGGAAUUGUCUGAAGACAUGAGAGCUAUUUUCGAAAAGAUCGUCUACAAAAAUUGGCUGCGUAAGAAGAAAUCUGCGGAUGACGUCUUCAUCUUUGUGCUGGAAGAGCCUCACGACCAGAUUUUUAAGGUUCGCGCUCUGAAUACUUGGGUUUCCUACGUGACCAAGCUGGACCAUGACGACGCUUACAAGGCAAUCACCCGCACUAAGGAACUCGGCCAGCGGUUGCUUCAAGAGCAGUGGCUGAGCGAAUCGCAGACAGCGGGGGCCGUUUUCAAACAGCUUAGGCUGGGCCAGGACCGAUUCCGGCUGUUCAAGACACCGUGGGUAACAUUGUGGGCCUCUUACGUGACGAAGCUGGAUCCCAAAAACGCAGAUGAAGUGGUGCUUUCGGUGUUGCAACCUCUCUACACGAAGAAAGAGCUUGCACAACUGCUGAAGGCAGCAAAAGGGGUCGACGAGACCAAGGAACUUGCUACAAGACUGGCGAAACAGUUGCUGUAUAACAAAGGAAGGGAGCCCAGGAAGGAGCAUGACGGCUGCAGCGACGGCUUGCGCGUGUCCAUGGCCGACGACGGGAGUCGGCACAGGAGCAGCUCGCGCGCGACGACGGCGAUUGCGCUCCAAGAGGGCGGCGACUCUAUGGGUCAUUGCCACGGUGGUGGGAGGCCCAGCCUUCGACCACGCUUUCAAGCUCGCGGCAGGCGACCGCGGUUCAAGCACUCAAGCCACGCCUCCACGGAGGCAUUUGGGCGGUGUCCUUCGGGAUGCUGCCGUCAUCCGAUGUUGUUAGAGCCUGGGCUCACGCAUCCUUCAGCACGCGCCGGACGAACGCGAUUAACGCUCAAGUCAAGUCUCCAUGGGACAGCGCCGACGGCCGCACAACAGGAGGUGCAGGACCCCCGUCCUGUAUCUGCCGACCUCGUGGGUGGCGAGUACGAACCACCUGACCUCGCUUGA